AUGAGUAAACGUGAUUCGAAGAUAGUAGGUCACCUUAUAGCUGGGAGCCCAACCACGGGAUUAGCGUAUAUUGUCCCCUUCCCAAACUUGCUCGACAGUGUGGGAGAGACUCUUGGCGGUGAGUGGAGCACAUGGAAUGACUCACUCAACCCUCUAAAUUUCUUCGGAAAUCGUUCUAUGCCGGAUGACCUCUCCAUCGCACGAAUCCCAAGCACCUUCACGGCAGGUAUCGGAUCUGACAUCUUACAGCCGCAAAUUGACAACAAGAGCCUCCCCUUCCGGUCUAACUCGCCCGAAGGAGUGAAAACUUUAGAGCCUCCUCAUCAUCAAACAGCAGAGCUGAAAUCCGGCCAUUUGACCAUUUCUAAAGCACUUGACUUGAUUCGAGACGAUCGUGCCAAGCCUCUCAUCGUCACGAAAUUUCUCGAGCGUACUGAUCAUGAAAUAUGGACAAAGAUUCAGCUACAUCCGACGACGUAUGUGAUGAAUCAAGAGGAACACGAUGUACUGAUACACUUCAAAGAGCUCCAUAAAGAUCAUCCUGACUUCAAACCCGCCAUAGCUCGAUUCUUGGAAACCUACAAAGGCGAUCCUGCCCAGCUACCCCAGGGAUCAGAUCAACGCUAG